CCGGAUAUGACAUAUGUCAAUCUUGACAGGUCAAGCAGUACACCGGAAACAAUCGUCCGUUUUGGUGACGCUGCAUUAGACUGCGAGACAUGCAACUGAUCAGGCUUCUCGGGUUGGUCCUCUUCAGUCUGGCUCUCGCUGGAGCUCAGACGCUAACCCCAGCUCAUUAUCUUUCCCUCCCCGAUAUUGCUCGACUUCAAAAUCUCCUGAGCGACUUCUUCACAGACCUGGAGUCGGCCUACUACUCUGUAGUCGGCCUCACCAGUCUUGGAGCCACUGUUCCUGAUCACGAGAAGGUAUGCCAGUUCCUAAAGUCCCAGCUUGAUCCCUCCAGUGUCGACUCGGUCUUUUUUGCAGCGGAGACCAGCCGAGCCUUAUCUGGAUGUGAGAUCCCUGUGAGCAAUGAAACCAGAGACAUCCUUCUGGCGACUGUCAGCGAAGACUCCACCAUGUCUCAGAUUCACCGGGCCGUGAGCGCGAUUAGCUCCUUGGGGCUCCCUCUGACCUCUCAGGAGGUCAUCAGCGCGCUCACAGCUCGCAUCAACAAGGAGGACAAUGUUGUGGCCAUUACAUUAGCUCUGCAAACAGCCACCCGCCUUUCUCCACAUGCAGAACUUGAAGGAAUACUUGAGGAAAUUGAGGAUCUGACCGCACGUUUAGAUGAUCUUGGUGGUAUCUUCCUUCAUUUCGAAGAGGGUCUCGAGGCCACCGCCACGUUUGUAACUGCCGCGUAUGCCCUGUCAGAUCAUGUGGAUAUCGAGCCACCCUUCAAACAGGACCAAGUCAUUCAGCUGGUGAACUCCAUUUUUAGCAAGAAGUCCUGGGACUCUCUGGCCGAGGCCUUCAGCGUGGCAAACGCUGCCGCUACCCUCUCUAACAACCGUUUUCAUGUUCCAGUGGUGGUCAACACUCACGGCCCGCCCGCUGUAUCGCACAGCCAGCCCACCCUGCAGAUCCUUGUUACUGACGUCAUGUCUCAGCCUCUGGCCUCAGCCAAGGUGCAAGUGGAAUCUGCGCACGCUAUGGGCUCCAAGAGUGCCAUUCUUGGCCAAGCACCAUUCACUCUCAAUGACGGCGUCUUUGAACUGAACUUCAUGUCCCAGCAACCGGCCAGUGGAUAUUACCAGUUCACGGUUUCUGUGACUGGUGAUAGCCGCUUGAUUGCCAAUCACGUCGAGCUUAAGGUGAAGGUGUCUACUGAGGUGUCUGUCCUCAAUAUGGACCUCUCUGUGGUGGAUAAAGACCAGAGCAUUGGCACAAAGACCACCAGGGUGCCGUAUCCUUCCAAAGCCAAGAGCUCGUUCACCGCAGACAGUCACCAGAACUUUGCCAUGGGCUUCCAGCUGGUUGACGCCAAUACUGGAAUGGAACUGACGCCCCAUCAGACUUUUGUACGACUGCACAACCAGAAAACGGGCCAAGAGGUUAUUUUUGUUGCCGAGCCUGACGCCAAGGGUCUGUACAAGUUUGAGUUGGACGCAGCGGAGCGCAAAACCGAAUUCGCCCUCAUCUCUGGUACUUAUGCCCUUCACCUCAUGGUCGGGGAUGCCACUCUGGAGAACCCUAUCAUGUGGAAUGUGGCUGAUGUUGUCCUGAAGUUUGUGGACGAGGAAGCCCCGGCUACCAUUCAACCUAAGACUCUUUACGUACCCAAGCCAGAAAUCCAACAUUUAUUCAGGGAACCCGAGAAGAAGCCGCCAACAGUCGUUUCCAACGCCUUCACUGCACUCGUCCUGUCGCCACUCCUGCUUCUGCUCAUCCUGUGGAUUAAGCUCGGGGCAAACGUUUCCAACUUCAGCUUUUCUCCCAGCACCCUUCUCUUCCAUGUUGGGCAUGCAGCUCUGCUGGGCCUGAUGUACGUCUACUGGACCCACUUGGACAUGUUCCAGACUCUUAAGUACCUGGCGAUUAUAGGUGCUGUUACAUUCUUGGCCGGGAACCGCAUGCUGGCGCAGAAAGCUGUGAAGAGACUUGAGAAAAAAUAAACUUAGGACAUUAAAGGAAGGCACUGAAGGAGCACACGUUUCCCCCCCCCUUGGAGUCGAUCAACAACGCAUCCCAUCAGUCACACUUUGGAACAGUCUUAACGGUUGAAGAAUGAGUUGCUGAAUGGAAGGAAAUUGAGAAACGCUUCAAAGGUCUUUGAGAUCCGACUGUAUUGUAAUGCUAUUGAUCAUUGCACUUCAUCUUCCUGUGAGAUUAUUUUUACGUGUUGUACAACAUGCUGGUGUUGUCAGUGUGCUCUGAUUUUUUUUUUUUAAUUGUUUUUGUGGUUUCUUGGUGGAAUUAAGUUUUUUUUUUUUUUGUACAUUACCAUUUGAGACAUUGCCGUUACCAUUGCAAAGUUUAUACUCGGUGUGUCUCAGCUGCUCAUCGACAUGUCAGCCGAUCUUCAAAUUCUACCAACUGUUUGUGUGUGUCAAGGUUGACCUUAUUACCUAUUUGAUACAAAUUUGCAUCCCCAAGUUAAAUUGUCACAACACAUGGGAUAUUUGAGAACACAUUUUUUCUUAUUCAGUAAUAAAGAAAUGGAGGCGAA